UCAAGGGACGACGCUGGCUGCAGCGGAGCUGCAAGACCGCGCUUCUGCCACGCGGCGGCGCAGUUCCGGCCGGUGUCCAGCAGGCGGCGUCGUAGGGCUGUCCCGCCGGCCAGGCUGCCCGCCGUGUGGGCAGGAGCAGCGGCGGCGGCAGCGGCGAGCGCGUUCGCGUCGUGCAGCUGCUGCCUCCGGCCAGGGCGCGAAGCCGGUAGCCGCGGGCAUGGAGGAGCAGGCGGCCGGGCGCCCCCCGCCAGCAGCCUGAGGACGCCCCCCGGCCGCCGCCGCCUGCCCAGUAUGGCCCUCCCGCUGCUCCUGGUGGCCGCCCUUCUGGCCCGCCGGGGAGGCGGCACCGAGAAGCCAGAUGAUCAUUCCAAAGUAUUUCCCGCAGGGGUUGGAUCUGCCGACACACAAGAUCCUGGCUAUGACGUCGUUCACCCCGUCAAGGUGGACGAGCGAGGCUUUUUCCUCUCUUACAACCUGUCCUACCGCUCGCUGUACAAAAGGGCCAUCUCCUCGAGGAAUCGCCCGCUUGCUUUCUACAAGCUGUACCACCGAGGGCAGGAGCUGAUGUUCAACCUGAGCCUGAACAGCCGCCUCCUGGCUCCCGGCUUCGUCAGUGAGAGACGGUUUGGAGGCAUCGCCCACGCCAAGAUCCAGGCUUACAAGCAGAACUUGUGUCAUAUGAUCGGGUCCGUUCAGAACCAGGAACAAGAAAGUGGAUUGGCUGCUCUAAGUACCUGUGAUGGGCUGAAAGGAGUCUUCCGGCUGGCUAACGAAGACUUCUUUAUCGAGCCACUGCCUGAGAGCAACUCCAGGGAGAAGGCGGCCCAUCCCCACAGGAUAUAUAGACGCCACGUCCCAGAUUAUGAGGCCGAAGAGUUUAUUUCAGUCGUGAGCAUGAAACAAGACAGGAAGCAGUCUGCCGUUGUCAGGAUGUGUGGGGUCCAAGAAAGCCUCGAGACCUCUGAGAAGCAGAGAGAGAAGUGGGAGGAGAAGCGGCGGAGGAAGCGGCGGAUCAAGCAGCGCUCUGUCAGCAAGGAGAAGUGGGUGGAGACCCUGGUGGUGGCCGACACCAAGAUGGUCAAGUAUCAUGGCAGCGAGAACGUCGAGAAGUACGUCCUGACGGUCAUGAACAUGGUGGCCGGAAUGUUCCACGAUGCCAGCAUUGGGAACCCUAUCCAUGUUUCCAUUGUGCGCCUUAUCUUCCUGGAAGAAGAAGAGGACGACCUGAAAAUCACUCACCACGCAGACAACACCUUGAGAAGUUUCUGCAAGUGGCAGAAGGCCAUCAAUGUGAAGGGGGACGACCAUCCGCUGCACCACGACGUGGCUGUCCUGCUCACAAGGAAAGACCUCUGUGCCGCCAUGAACCGUCCCUGUGAGACUCUCGGCCUGUCUCACGUCUCCGGCAUGUGCCAGCCUCACAGGAGCUGCAACAUCAACGAGGACACGGGGCUCCCUUUGGCCUUCACUGUGGCUCACGAACUUGGACACAGUUUUGGGAUUCAGCAUGACGGAAGCGGCAAUGACUGUGAGCCAGUUGGGAAAAGACCUUUCAUCAUGUCUCCACAGCUCCUGUACGACACCUCGCCACUCACCUGGUCCCACUGCAGCAGGGAGUACAUCACCCGCUUCCUCGACCGGGGCUGGGGGCUCUGCCUGGACGACCCACCGGCCAAAGAUGUGAUCGACUUCCCCUCCAUCCCUCCGGGAGUCCUCUACGAUGUCAGCCAUCAGUGCCGGCUCCAGUAUGGUGCCUACUCCACCUACUGUGAAGAUAUGGAUAGUGUCUGCAGCACGCUGUGGUGCUCCGUGGGGAACACGUGUCACUCCAAGCUGGACGCAGCGGUCGAUGGCACCAAAUGCGACGAGGGCAAGUGGUGCUUCAAUGGGGAAUGUGUCCACAUGGGAUACCGCCCUGAGUCCAUCAACGGAGGCUGGGCGGCUUGGAGUUCCUGGGCGGCCUGUUCUCGGACCUGUGGGGCGGGCGUGCAGAACGCAGAGCGGCAGUGCAACAGCCCCACGCCAAAGUACGGUGGGAAGUAUUGCCUGGGGGAGAGGAAGCGCUUCAGGGUUUGCAACACCAAGCCCUGCCCCUCCGACGGACCCUCUUUCCGCCAACUCCAAUGCAGCCGCUUCAACGGCAGAGCCUACAAGGGGAAGCUGUACAAAUGGACCCCACUCCCUAAUAACAUUAACCCUUGCGAACUUCACUGUCGCCCGGAGAACGAGUACUUUGCAGAAAAGCUCCGCGACGCUGUCAUCGACGGGACCCCGUGUCACGAAGGAAACUCGAGCCGAGACAUGUGCAUUAAUGGGAUCUGUAAGAAUGUCGGUUGUGACUAUGAGAUUGACUCCUACGCCGUGGAGGAUCGAUGCGGCGUUUGUCGUGGAGACGGGUCGACCUGCGAGACCGUCAAGAAGACCUUUGAGGAGAGCGAUGGGCUGGGCUACGUUGAUGUUGGGCUCAUCCCAGCUGGUGCACGAGAGAUCCAAAUCGAGGAGGUGGCGGAAGCAGAGAAUUUCCUGGCUUUGAGAAGCGAAGAUCCAGAGAAAUACUUCCUGAAUGGCGGCUGGACCAUCCAAUGGAACGGCGAUUACAAGGUGGCCGGGACCACCUUCACCUACGAGAGAACUGGGAACUGGGAGAACCUCACGUCUCCAGGCCCCACGGAGGAGCCAGUGUGGAUUCAGCUCUUAUUCCAGGAGAAGAACCCAGGAGUCCGCUAUCAAUACACCAUUCAAAGGGAAUCUGAGAACGAGAACGAGAUCACGCCGGCCGAAUUCUUUUGGCAAUAUGGACCCUGGACAAAAUGCACAGCCACCUGUGGCACAGGGGUCCAGCGGCAGGUUGUGCACUGCAUGGAGAAAGUGGCUGGGAUGGUGGAGGAGCACUACUGCAACGUCCUUAGCCGGCCGGACGACAAGCAGAAGAGUUGCAGUGAGGAGCCGUGCCCUGCCAGGUGGUGGGCUGGCGAGUGGCAGGCGUGUUCUGCCACUUGUGGGGACACUGGGCUGAUGAAGAGGACCAUCCUCUGCAUCCAGAGCGUGGCGCUGGAUGAGCAGCGGGCUCUGCAAGCCAGCAAAUGCCAACAUCUCUCCAAGCCGGAUGCCACGGCCCCCUGCAACCGAGAGGUCCUCUGCCCGGCUCGGUGGCUGGCUGGCAAUUGGUCCAAGUGUUCGGUCACAUGUGGAAGUGGGAUACAGCAUCGCCUGGUGUACUGCCCCAAUAAUACCAGAGCCAGCUGUGAUCCGGGGCAAAGACCAGCCUCUGAAAUUGCCUGUUCGUUGCUGCCCUGCUGGAACAAGAUCGAGAGCAUCUUCCCAGACUGGUCAGGCUCUGGUUCCUCGAGCCGGGAGCUGUACAAUGAGAUCAAUUUCAUCCCAAGCCACCCCAUCCCUCGAUUUAGCCCUUUGUCACCCAAAUCUGAAGACCUCAAUGCCAUAAGGGAAGAAGACUUUUCGCCCGGCAACAACAAAAAGGGAAACGUUUUUGUGGAUGAUUUUUACUAUGAUUACAAUUUUAUCAACUUCCAUGAAGAUCUGUCUUACGACCCAGCGGACGCCAAGGGUAGUGAGAGAGAGGACUUGUUGCCGGAUGUUGGGGUGAAGAAGGUCAGCAACGUGAAAGAGGACCCUCAAGAAAUGGCUCCUGAUUCUCUCUCUACUGUAAAGCUAGAGAUGGACCAUGGAAGCCCAACAUCUCCAGCUGUUGGGCAGAAUAGCAAAGGGGUAACCAGUGGGUUUCAAGAGCAUAGCACUGCUGUCAGUUGGCAUGGUUCUUUGGGUACAGCCGUUGCUGUCUCUCCGACCUCCUCCAUGGCAGUUAAUGUGAAGGAGAACCCAACAGCCAUUUGGGGAGAUCUUCCUUCUUCCACUUCUGCAGCUGCAACGGAUUUCCCUUCUGGCACCAACACCCAUGUAUCUGUCAAUCGUGCCCAAGAAGACACCACACAUUGGGAAGGGAAGGUAGCAAACAAGGCCCCCUCUGUGAUCUUCCCUUACUUGACCCCCCUGACUCCAACCGUACCUUCUGUUGAGGGCAGCCCCAGUCAAGACCAUGAGUUUAGCACUCGCAAGAGCUGGAAGGAAGACGUUGGAGGCUCAAAGGUCCCAUAUCUCAGCACCAUCGAAGACAAUGGCUUGUUGGGCCGUGGAGAAGGUGGUGGUGCAGACCAGGCCAUCGUUGAUCUCAAAGAUGAUGUUGGUGAUGGACGCAGAAUGGAAGAAGCCCUGGUUAGGACAGUUGCGGCAGGAACUGCAGAAACAGCAUCAAAGGGGACACAUGGGAACUUCAUUUCUCCACUACCUGGUCCUACUGAAACCACUCUUCACCUUCCAGCUCAGGUCCCAAGCGAGACAAGCAGGAAGCCUGAGGAUGGUGUGAGUCCGUACGAUGUGGCAAACAGCAAGAGACUUGCAGCAGAUGCACAGGACCUCCAACACUCUCCUGCUGAUGUAGUCAAGGCCAAGGGCGAGUCUCCCUCCCUGGAGCCCACACCCACCUUUCCAUAUGAGCCACCUGGGCUUGACAGCAAUACAGUUGAGAGGCAGCCCCCUUCCAGCCGCGUUCUGCUCAUGCCACACAGUCCCAACUCACUGGGGCGGCAGCUGCCGACUGAGCCGACAUCCUUGGAGUGGGGGCCCUCCUCCCCUGGCUCUGUCCCUUCCAUGCCACCUGCACCAAGGCGGAAGGAGGAGUCUGUUGGAAUGAAAACCAAGUGGGAUGCUGAGCAUAUCCCUCCCAGUGUGGGGGACCAGGGACUCUCUGGGGGCAGAAAUAAAAGUGCCCCCCAUGGGGCUCACUGGAUUAUUGCAAGCAGCCAUGGAGGCCUCGGGCCCAGGCCCACGACUGCAAGGCACCAGGAGGAAAAGGAGGACAGGACGCUCUCGGUGGCUCCUCCAGCUACCGUCGCAGCUGCUCUGAAUGCCAGCUGGGAAGCUGGAAACUGGAGUGAGUGCUCCACCACAUGCGGCCUGGGCGCCAUUUGGAGAACAGUGCGCUGCAGCACAGGGCAGGAGCAAGACUGCAGCCCAGCCCGGAAGCCCAUCCCUGCCCGGAGGUGCUACUUGAGGCCAUGUUCUAGCUGGCGCGUCGGGAACUGGAGCAAAUGCUCCAGGACCUGUGGAGGCGGUGUGAAAGUCCGGGACACCCAGUGCGUCGACAGCAGGGACCAGCGGCCCCUCCGCCCCUUCCACUGCCAGGCUGUGCUGUACAAGCCCCUCACCCAGAUGCCCUGCAAUAGCAAGCUGUGCCUUGGCUGGUACACCUCUACCUGGAGAGAGUGCUCUGAGCUGUGUGGAGGAGGGGAGCAAGAACGCCUGGUGACCUGCCCGGAAUUUGGACGGUGCGACGAAGCCCUCCGCCCGAACAACACCAGGCCUUGCAACGUCCACCCCUGCACCAAGUGGACAGUGGGAUCCUGGGGGCAGUGCACGGCCAUGUGUGGGGGAGGCAUCCAGAAGAGGCAGGUGAAAUGUAUGAACACCAAGACUGGGGAGGUGGAAGAAGACAGCAGCCUUUGUGACCACGAACCGUGGCCGGAGAACACGCAGAAGUGCAACCCCCAGGACUGCAGCCCCAGCCCACCAAGUUUUGCCUGCGAGCGCGACAGGCUCUCCUUCAGCUUCUGCCAGACGCUGCUCUUCCUGGGCAGGUGCCACCUCCCUACCGUCAGCCUCCAGUGCUGCCAGACGUGCCGUCAGCAGGGCCAUGGCCCCCGGGACCGUGGGAACGAGCGGGCUUCCCGGAAGUGAGCACUCCCAUCACCCCAGGACCCUUUCAGGCACAAAGAAGCCAGCGGUGGCCUCGGGGAGAAACGGCUGCCUAAGACGCCUCGCGGGCUGCUUUGAAGGCAGCUCAGCCACCGUCUCUGUCCAAUUGCUCUCCUCUCCUUCCUCCCAUGGGACCUUGGCUGGUGCUGUUCACCGAGAUUGGACAGGCAUGGUGCUUUAACUCCAGUUCCUCUCACCAAACUGCCCUCAGGGCUACCCAAGUCUGCUGCCCUCCAAUGCGCAGCAGAGGAGAAUCUGCUCUGCAAGGCCACGCGCUGUACCCUACAAAAGCAAUAACUCUUGGCAUGAUCUCAGAAACAUAUCUGGUGCUAUCGUCGGGUAUAUUCAGGUUUCACUCGGUGUUGGCGGGCCAGCACGAAACUCUUGACUUGAGUGAUUUCUUUUUUAAAAAAACAAACAGGAAACACACGCAAUUUUUUUUUUAUUUUGUAAGAACGGGCAUCCAAGUCGCUUGACUGUUUGGUUGCAUUCGUUGUGAUAGGGAUGCCUUUCUGCCUGGUGGUUGGUGGGAGGAGCUCAAAGCGGCAGAGAAAUGUCCCCCAUUUCAAACUCGCUGAGCCAGCUGGUCAUCACACUUGCUCUAGCUGGGAGGACCAAAGCAUUGGGGUUAAGAGUUGUUUGGUUUUCACUCAAGGUUGAACUAAAGCUAACCUCUCUGGCUUGAGUCUUUGAAUAAUAGAACUGUAGAGUUGGAAGGGACCACGAGGGUCGUUUGGUCCAACCCCCUGCAAUGCAGGAAUCUGUGGGGCUCAAACCCACGAACCUGAGAUUAAGAGUCUCAUGAUCUACCGACUGAACAAUCCUCCAUAUCUAAUGCCCUGUUCUCUGGCUCAGCAGUUCAAUAUCUGUCAGGGUGAGCUGCCCUUUCUCUCUAGACUGCUAACUUGGUUACCCUGAAAAAGCCCAAGACUAUCAAGAUCAGUUUCUGGUUCCCACCCCCACGCCAAUUAUGUAGCCCUGGAAGUUGGGACUGCAUUUGUAGUAUUGUAUCAAUAUCCUUAUUGUCAAGAAGGCACCUGAUUUAAGAACACUUCAUUGCUUUCUAUCAUGCACUGAUAGUUUCAUUUGUGGUAUUUAGCAUGUGUUAAGCAAGGAAAAGGAAGCCUGUGGCCUUCCAAGCAUUGUUGGGACUACAUCAUCCCUGUGUCAGGACCCUGACCAAUGGCCUUGCUGGCUGCUGUGAACUGGAGCUCAACAUCUGGGGGGAGCCCAGAGGUAGGGAUGUUGGGAAAUUCCAGUGGAUGAAGAAAUGGGUGGUACUUCCUUCUUCCUUCCAUGUGUGGAAUGGUAAUCAAUCCAGCAAAUAUGAUCAGGACUCCACUGUUGUUGUUUUCAGUUCACAGCAACAGUCAUGUUAUAUAUGGACAUCGUAACCAAAACCCCAUUCUUUCAGGGUGCAAAGGUGGCAUAACACCAAAAUCCUUCAGUAGUUAAGUUAUACUUUGCCAAUGUGUUUUUUCUAGAAGUCCAAUAAGGCCUCAUCAUUCUACUUGUGUCAGGGAUACACCCUCUCUGAAAGGAUCAUUGUAGACUUUCUAUGAAUAUGGAAUUAACAUGUCAUUAUUAUUUUUUAAAUAAAAAAUACAUGGGAAAUCAUCUGGCCCUGAAGAUUUAUUGUUCCUUAACUUGGAAUUUUCAUAUGGAGUGAAUUUUUCUCAUCCAAAAUGGCCUUAUGUUACAGGUUUGUUUUCAUUCUAGCCAAGUAAUUUGCAAAUCCAUUGAAGACUGAUUUAUAUAAUUUGGCAUAAUAUUAUGUGAACUUUUGAUGAAUGCACUUGAAGUAUAUGACUAGAGAACAUUUUCGUUCUUCUUUGAAAGCUGAUAAUGUCAAGGUUUGAUUGCCAGAUCCACAGCAUUUCUGAUGUAGAUCAAUCAAAGAUUUGGUUAUUUAGUGUGAAUAGUUAUAAAUUGCUCCCAAGGCAUGGUGGGUAACAUAUACCUUGCAGUGUGAAAGCCAAUAAGUACCAGCAGAACUAGCCGUGGAUCAGUUGCACUAUGUCAACACCAGACCAAGGCUGUCUUCUUGUCUCUGUCUAGGGGGAGUGACAAAACCAAUUACCGUAUUGAAGACCACAUCCAAAUUUCUUCUCUCCCAUGCUAGCCAUGGAAUUUCCCCAGUGAUUCAGCACAGAUACAUGGGAAUAAGAAAAACAACCAACUCUUUUCCAAGGAGAUGUUAUGGAGGAGUGUCUUUUUAAUUUUUUUUAAAAUGUCUGUAGCUCUCAAGUGUGUUAAAUUAAAUUGUUAUAACAAAGUA